UCAGGGGUGGGGGAAGACCUGCGGCAACUCACAGCAGAAGUAGCCUCAGCAACGACAGCACUGAGAACUGACGCUCCUGGGCUUUUCUUUUGCUUUUGUUUUUCCUCCAUCACCACAUUUUUUCCAGCAAAUCCAGAUUUGUGAAGAUGGCCUCCACGCGGAUCCAGUGCGCUCUGGCUCUCCUGGCCGUCGCGCUCGCCGUCUGCAGCGUCUCCGGCGCGCCGUCUGACGCCAAACUGCGCCAGUUUCUUCAGAGGUCGAUUCUCGCACCGUCCGGAAAACAGGAGCUCACCAGGUACACGCUCGCAGAGCUGCUCGCAGAGCUCGCGCAAGCCGAAAACGAGGUGCUGGACUCGGACGAGGUGUCUCGCGGCGCGGAGAGCGAGGGCGCGCGCCUGGAGAUGGAGCGAGCCGCCGGUCCCAUGCUGGCUCCUCGCGAGCGCAAAGCGGGCUGCAAGAAUUUCUUCUGGAAAACAUUCACGUCGUGUUAAUCGUCUAGUCGAGAUAAAAUCCUCAAAGUCUACAUAUAUUUUCUUUCUUUUCCCCCCACAUACACACACACACACACACACAUACACACAUACAUAUAUAUUUGUUUUUUUCAUUGGUUUUCAUGCUCACACCAUCAUGUCGAUAAAAUGUAAAUAAGAAGAAAAUAAAAAAAAAACAGAUGUUCCAUUUAUUGUGUUUAAAGUCAAUUUAAAGUUUUAUGAAGGAAUGUUUUCUGGAUGUAUGGAAAUUCUGUUCGAGAUCUGUGCUUUAGAUGGAAGAAACAUAUUUUUAAUUGUUUGAAUAAAAUCUAUGUUUCACA